AUGCUAUACCACACCUUAAAUGUACGUUUGGCGUACACUUUAGCACUGAUUGUUUUUGUGUCUUCAAGACAUAUUCAGAAAUCAGAAAUUGGCAAAGUUCAACAAGAUAUUUCGAAGUCUGGCAAACCUGGCGAGUAUUUGUGGUACAAAACUGGCUCAGUGCAAACGGAUCAAAAGUUUGCAAAGAGUGUCAUAGCUAGGUCAUCACAUGGGAAGAAGGCUCAUAGUUUGGACGAAAACGAAGAGUCUAGCGGAAGUACUUUCCCAAACGAGGAGGAUGACCCCAGCGGAAGUGGAGAAGUUCAUGAAGAAUACAUGUCAGGGAGUGGAAUUUAUCCAAACAGUUAUAUGGUGGAUAUUCAAGAGUCUGACACCACAGAUUCUUCUGCGCGUGGGGCAGUUGAUAAAAUGACUCAGGUAUCUUCUGGGGAGGACAGUCCUGAGGAGACGAGUGCAGAUUUCUCAGGGGAUAGUAAAGCCGAGGUUGAACGAAACGAAACUCCUGAGAAAGAAUUAAACGCACAAGACGGUAGCGGCAGCACUGAUGAUGAACAAGAAAAUGACAACGAUGAAGACUCUCAAAAAGAAGAGAAAGAAGAACCCAAGGUGAAGGUUAUGUCACCCGCUGUUCUAAAGGGAGGUGAGGUUCAGAGGAAAAGAAGCGAUAUUUAUAAGAAAAGCAAGGUUACUGAGGGGGACAGUGAAAGUGAGUAUGACAAGCUCUUCAAAGAUUUCAAGAACGAUGGGGAUCUGGGUCCAGAAGUAGAGGAGGAUGAUGACAGUUACUUGGACGAUGCCAUUACUGACGAAGAGGCAAGACAGUUGGUAUCUGAAGAAAACAAAGAGGAAACUGGGAUGAGUAAGAGUGACAUUUUGGGCCGCCAUCAAUACAAAGGAGAAGAUAUAAGCUCUAUGUUUGAAGGAUACACAAAUAAAAGCGGCUCAAAUUCGGAUGAGUCUGGAGCUUCUUCUGGUGAGCACAAGAAAAAGGCUUACGCACACAAUAUGAAAGAAAUCCUCUCGAAACUCGAUAAGGAUGUUUUUAGAGGAAACAAUAGUGAAGAACAUAAACACCUUCACAGUAAACAACAUCGACAUUACCACAAACAACUUCACAAACAUCAUCAUCAUCAACAUCAUCACAAACAUCAAAAUAAUUCAUUUACCGAAGAAGCAGACGCGUCUCGAGCCCUCAGUCACCACGCGGACAGCGGAAUCUUCAACGGGAGCGUUAGUAAUGUGACAAUGGAGGCUCAAAAAGUAAAGAAGCAUCAUGAACAUAAACGUCAUCACCAUCAUCAUCACCAUCACCAUAACAGACUUUAUCAUCAUCAUCAUCAACUGGACCAUCACUUAAAGGAAAUGGAAUCACACCAUGACAACUUCAAUGAAAGUCAAAUUCCAAUAGCGGAUGUUCAGCAGUCCAAUUCAAACAAACAAUAUUCCACGCAGUACCCAUCCGUGUAUUACCCUUCGUCAGGUCCAAUCAUCAACACAGUAACACCACAGUCACCUCAGGCACCACAGGGAACUUACUCUGCAGAGGAAAGUUCCCUUUUGCAAUAUUACAAUCAACCAUCAAACGGGUUUGUGUACCACGCUGUGAGAGAUGCUGACAAAAUAGGCGCUGUAUGUCUUGAUGGGUCCACACCGGGUUACUAUGUGAGACAGGGAUCUGCCGAAGCAGGCAAGAACUGGAUUAUUUACUUACAGGGUGGGGCAUGGUGCGAGAGUGAGAAAGCUUGUUCGGGAAGGAGCCGCAUGCAUCUGGGGUCUUCUCUCUUCUUCAAACCUCUUGGUAAUCCUGGUGGAAUUUUAUCAAACAGUGCUAAAGAAAAUCCUGAAUUCCACGACUGGAGCGUGGCGUAUCUCCCAUACUGUGAUGGUUCGUCGUUUUCAGGCAACAGAUCUGACCCAGUAGAGUUUGAAGGUUCGUUGUUGUAUUUUAGAGGCUUCAGAAUCUUGGAUUCGACCAUAUCGGAAUUGUUGUCUGACACAAGUCUAAAAGAGGCCAGGAAUGUUGUGUUUUCUGGUACCUCUGCUGGAGGACUCGCUGUUAUGCUUCACGCCGAUUAUGUCCGUUCAAAACUCCCCAAGCAUGCACAUUUCAGAUCGCUUGCGGAUUCAGGAUUUUUCCUCGAUACAACUUCACGGAAACACAAAAAACAGAAGAAAUUCAGGAAGGCGAUGCAGAAUGUUUUUAAGCUUCAUGACUGUACGGAUGGGGUCCCUCAAGAGUGCGUCAAGAAGAUGUCAGGGAAAGACCUGUGGAAAUGUAUUUUCCCUCAGUACUUUUUACGUUUUGUUAAAAGUCGUCUGUUUGUCGUGAACUCUUUGUACGACUCGUGGCAGUUGAGUCACAUCUGGGAAAUCCCUUGUGCUUCUACUCCUUACAAAUGUUCCAAGAAAGAAGUGAAGCUGAUCAAGAAAUUCCGAAGUAAAACGUUAAAAGCCAUGAAGCCCGUGUUCGCCUCAUCAAAUAUCGGACUGUAUGUUGAUUCGUGUAUUGAUCAUGGACAAGUGAUCUCUAACGCUCAAUGGAAUUCAAUCAAGGUGCAGCAUAAAUCCAUUGCAUCGUCAUUUGCCACGUGGUGCCAGAAACCAACCAAGACGGAAUUCUUCAUCGACGAAGAUGACUAUCCUGCAAAUCCAACUUGUGUUACUAAGGACGUUGCUAGGAGAUCAGAAAUCAUAACAGAAGGAUUCUAA